GCCCGGCCCCGCGUGGACGCUUCCCGCCGUCCCCUAGCCUGGCCUCCCAAAGCGCCAGGUCGCAGGCUGAAGUCUGAGGUUCCCCCGAUUGGCUGGCAAGAGUCUCCGAGCGGCUGUUUUCCACGAAGGCAGUGGGGGUGGAAGGCCCGAGGGAACCCCAGAGCCCCCGCGGUCCCGCACUCUGGAGGAGGCUCCCCGCCGCCGUUCCGGGCCUCCGAGGCAGCCGGGCUCCUCGGCUCUUGUCCCCGCCUCCUCGGCGGAGCCGCGGCCCCCACGCAGACUGGACACGCUCGGCCCCAGACCCCGUGCCCCGGCUCCGCGCGCCGCGCCCUGCGCCGGCCCCUCCCGGCCGCGCCCGUCUCCGCCUCGGUUCGGCUCCGCCCCGCUCCGCCCCGGACCGCCCCGGGAGCUCGAGUCCGCGGGGCCGUGCGCUGUCCAGGCGAGCGUGAGCCGAGGCUGAGCUCGAAGCGGGCGCUGCCGGUCCCUCGCGUCCGGCUCCCGCUCCCGCCCGGCCGGGCGGGAGGGCCAUGCUCCGGGCUCCGGCCGCGGCGCGCACCCAGGCCCGGAGAUGAGGAGCGGCGCGGAGCGCAGGGGCAGCAGCGCCACGGCGCCCCCGGGGUCACCGCCCCCCGGCCGCGGGCGCCCAACCGGCCCCGACGCGCCCCCGGCCCUGCCGCUGCCCGCUGCGGGCCAGCCCCGGGCCCGGGACGCGGGCGAUGCCCGAGCGCAGCCGCGCCCCCUGUUUCCGUGGAGCAAGUGGAAGAAGAGAAUGUCCAUGUCGUCCAUAUCGGCGUCCACAGCGCGGAGGCCGGUGUUUGACGACAAGGAGGACGUGAACUUUGACCACUUCCAGAUCCUGCGUGCCAUCGGGAAGGGCAGCUUCGGCAAGGUGUGCAUUGUGCAGAAGCGGGACACGGAGAAGAUGUAUGCCAUGAAGUACAUGAACAAGCAGCAGUGCAUCGAGCGUGACGAGGUCCGCAACGUCUUCCGGGAGCUGGAGAUCCUGCAGGAGAUCGAGCACGUCUUCCUGGUGAACCUCUGGUACUCCUUCCAGGACGAGGAGGACAUGUUCAUGGUGGUAGACCUGCUUCUGGGUGGGGACUUGCGCUACCACCUGCAGCAGAACGUCCAGUUUUCUGAGGACACGGUGAGGCUGUACAUCUGUGAAAUGGCGCUGGCCCUUGACUACCUGCGCAGUCAGCACAUCAUCCACAGGGACGUCAAGCCUGACAACAUCCUGCUGGAUGAGCAAGGUCACGCACACCUGACCGACUUCAACAUUGCUACCAUCAUAAAGGACGGGGAGAGGGCAACAGCCUUAGCCGGCACCAAACCAUACAUGGCUCCAGAGAUCUUCCACUCCUUCGUCAAUGGUGGGACUGGCUACUCCUUUGAGGUGGACUGGUGGUCAGUGGGGGUGAUGGCCUACGAGCUGCUGCGAGGAUGGCGGCCCUAUGACAUCCACUCGAGCAACGCCGUGGAGUCGCUGGUGCAGCUGUUCAGCACCGUGAGCGUGCAGUAUGCGCCCACCUGGUCCAAGGAGAUGGUGGCCCUGCUGCGCAAGCUCCUCACCGUCAACCCCGAGCACCGGUUCUCCAGCCUCCAGGACAUGCAGGCGGCCCCGUCGCUGGCCAGCGUGCUGUGGGAUGACCUGUGUGAGAAGAAGGUGGAGCCGGGAUUCGUGCCCAACAAGGGCCGCCUGCACUGUGACCCCACCUUCGAGCUGGAGGAGAUGAUCCUGGAGUCGCGGCCCCUGCACAAGAAGAAGAAGCGGCUGGCCAAGAACAAGUCCCGAGACGGCAGCAGGGACAGCUCCCAGUCUGAGAACGACUACCUGCAGGACUGCCUGGACGCCAUCCAGCAGGACUUCGUGAUCUUUAAUAGAGAGAAGCUGAAGCGGAGCCAGGACCUUGCCAGCGAGCCGCUCCCCAGCCUGCAGGCUGCAGAUGCGGCGGAGCCCUCGGCAGACAGCGAGGAGGAGCGAGCGGCCCUGCCCACGUGCGGCUCCAUCUGCCCCUCGGCUGGGAGCAGCUAGCCACCCAGGCCGUGUUCCAGGGUCCUGACUCUCAGGCUGCUUUGGAGACUUGGCCCACCAGGGGAGGAGGCCAUGCGGCUGACCGCCAAGCCGCCCUCAGCACUGCCAGCGCGGGUGCCUGUUGGGUGGCAGCUGGACAAGGUGCCACCUGGGCCCAUUACCGCAGGGGAAACCACGGGCAUUGCUGCUCUGCCAGCCUCUGCUGGCUGGCAUGAGAGGCCAGAGGUGGCGCCAAUGAGGCCAGAGCGGCUGGCUUGCCGGCCCCUCGUGGACCCAGCUGCCCACGGCUGUGGGAGGUGCCCAAGGCUGUUUUGCUCCUUGUGUGUCCAGGGCAGGGGCUCGGGAGGGUGUGGGGGGCGACGGGAAGCGAGAUGUUUUCUAGGUGCACUGUGGCGGCAGUUUCU